CGGCCAUUUUGAACCGAAAAUUUCAUGUGCGUGUGUGGACGGGUAACCUGCGACAAAGCCGUACGUUCCGCAGAAUAUUCGCAUUUUUUCGGUGGAAAUGUGCCAUUAAAUGGCUAAACGGUAUUGAAACAUAGUGCUCAAGUGACUAAUAAACAGUGCGAAAUGGAAACGGUGCGAGUUUUCAACCAGGAGCUCUCGGGGCUUUACGAGGCAAAGCCACCGAUCUCCAAGGCCAAAAUGGCCUCGAUUACCCGGAGUGCGAUGAAGGCGAUCAAGUUCUACAAGCACGUCGUGCAGAGUGUGGAAAAGUUCAUCUCCAAGUGCAAGUCGGAGUACAAGAUCCCGGGGCUGUACGUGAUUGAUUCUAUCGUGCGGCAGUCCAGGCAUCAGUUCGGUGCCGAAAAGGACGUUUUUGCGCCGCGCUUCGCCCGUAACAUGGAGCAGACGUUUGCGCACCUGUUCCGCUGUCCGCCGGAGGAUAAGAGCAAAAUAAUCCGAGUAUUGAAUCUGUGGCAGAAGAACAUGGUCUUCGCUCCUGAGACCAUUCAGCCGUUGUUCGAUUUGGCGAAUCCGGAACAUCCGCUGCAUCUUCAGUAUAAUGCAGCAAUGGCAGCCGCUGGAGGUAGUAGCAGCGGAGCUGACCAAACUAAUGCUUCGAACGGUAUGAACACCUCGGUUAUAUCGCACGAUUCGCCGGUUAUAUCGCACGAUGAUCAUGGUAACUCAACGCAGAAUUCGGACACGAAACCUUUGGACCAGAACACCAUCCGCCAGUUGCAGCAGUUCCAGCAGAUUCUGAUGCGACAGACCAGUGGUGGGGAUAGCUCGCAUGGUGGCGGCAAGGAUCAGGUUAAAUUCAACAAGAAAUUACUGGACUUUGACUACGGUAGCGAGGAGGAGGAGGACAAGAAUUCACCUUCGCUUCCGUCUACGUCGCUGCCGGACGGAAGCAAUAUCGCUGCCAUCUUGUCCGAUCCGAAUGUGCUGAAACAGUUGCAAAAUCUGCAGAAGCUGAAGCAACACGAGAUGGAGGAGAAGCAGAGCAAGCUGACAGAGAUGCGACUCCAGGAGGAGAAGUUCGAGAAGCAUCUGGCCAGCGUACUCAAGGUGGCUAGCACUAUUAAUACCCAACAGCAGCUUAUCGAUAAGUUACCCUUUGCCAAUGAGUGCGAUCUGAGUCGGCAGCCGCCGAUCGAUUUGAAUCCGGUGCUCCCCCCUCCAUCCAACAAGGAGGCCGACAUCGAUGAAUUUGGUGUUGUCACGGAGAUCAUCAGUGAUACACACAGCUCGCCCAGGAGUACACCGGCGGACCAGUACAAGUCAACCACUUCAUCCAGACGUCGGAAGAGUCGCUCCCGGUCGCCCAGGGACCGGCGGGAUCGAGAACGAGGUGGUGGUGGUGGUGGUGGUGGUAGUCGCAGAAGGACGCGGUCGAGGUCACGGUCCCGCACACAUUCACCGAGACGGGGUCGUGGAGGACGCGGUUCAUCCCGUGAGCGAGAACGGGUCAGCCAGAAGGACAAAGAACGUGACAAGGAACGGGAGAGGGAACGCAAGAAGCGUGGACUACCGGAUAUCAGGAAGGAGCAUCUCAGUGUUUGCAGUACGACUCUUUGGGUUGGUCACCUGUCCAAGCUGGUCCAGCAGGAAGAGCUUUCCGACACGUUCGGCAAAUAUGGCGAUAUUGUUAGCAUUGAUCUGAUCCCACCGCGUGGUUGUGCAUUUAUUGUAAUGAACCGUCGCCAAGAUGCGUACAAGAGUAUGCAGAGUUUGAAGAGCCACAAGAUGCAUAGCCGUACAAUCACCAUUUCAUGGGCCACCGGUAAGGGUGUGAAAGGCAAGGAGUGGAAAGACUACUGGGAUAUCGAUUUGGGCUGCAGCUACAUUCCAUGGAACAAGCUGAGCCCUAAUACUGAUCUGGCUAGCUUGGAAGAGGGAGGCAUGUUUGACGAAGAUACAAUGCCACAGUGGAUGAAGGAUAAGAUUGCCAACGCUACUAAGAAGGACGAGGAACCGCCGAUUAUUGCGAAUCCAAUUUAUCCGGUCGAUACCAGCCAGCCGCCGCCACCGGCAAUACUGGGCAUGGGUAUUCCACCUGCGUUCCCGAUUGGCGGUGUUCCGAGAAUGCCAAUGAUGGGUAUGCCGAUGGUACCCCCCGGUAUGGGUAUGAACGUACCGCCACCGAAUUUGAUGAUCCCCGGUGCAAUGAACAAUCCUCCUCCACUGCCGAUACCGAACCCGGGAGGUUUCGGAGUCGGAGUAAACGUCGGAGUGUUACCGCCUCCUCCACCGAGCCACCUACCCCCAGUAAUGCAUAUGCACCCGGCCGGUGGUGAUGAAAUGGACAUUGAGAUGGAGGAGGAACCUCCGAACCACGGAAACAUAAACAUGCACCAUCCGCCUGCCGCCAUACCGAUACCGAAUGUGGCUUUCUUUAACCAGCCACCGCCGCCUCUGUUACCGCCUAAUAUGCCCAUUGUUGCCGGGAUGACAUUUGGUCAGAAUAACGAGGAUAGAAGUAGAGAUCAGAAUAGACCCGGUGGACGAAAUCGUGAUGAUUUUGAGCGGCGUGAUAAUCGUGACGACCGUGAUCGUGACCGAGGAGGGCGAGAUGACCGGGGAGGGCGUGAUGAUCGUGGUGGACGUGACGACCGGCGUGGGUUCGGUAACGAUCGCGACGGCGGACGAGGUCGAAGAAAUAUUCGCGAUGACAAUGAGCAAAAGAAUGAGCGCCCAAGUCGUUGGGGAAGCAACGAUAGAAAUCGAGCUGCACCGGUACCACCAGUUGGUGGCAAUGAUGGGGUCCGAGAUGAUAGGCCACUUUCCGAGCGACUGCGGGAACUGGCCGAAAGAACUGCUGAGCAAGCUAGCGAAGCUCAGCAACAGUUUGGCGGAGGAAGAAACUUCAGAGGCGGUCGUAAUAUGAACAAUGAUGAAAAUGAUUCGGCAGAUUUUAAUAAUCGUGGUGGAGAUGAUUUUGGAGGUCGCCGUGGAAACUUCCAGCAGGGAGGUCGUUUUAAUAACAACAAUAUGAACAACAACAUGAACAACAACAUGAACAACAACAACCACAAUCAGCGGGGAGGUGGACGAUUCAACAAUAACCGCGGAGGUCCAGGAUUCGGGCAAAACCGCCAACAGCAGCAUGGUGGUCCAGAAGACGAGAUGUCGCCAAUGAACAUCAUGUCUCUUAUAAACAUGGACAUUUUUUCAAACAACGGACAACAGCAACAUGGUGGGGAUGGAGACCAGCAGCCACCAUUCUUUGAUCGUGGUGGCAGAGGAGGUGGUGGUGGUGGCGGUGGUGAUUUCAACAAUCGUGGACAAAACAACUGGAACGAUGGAGGAAAUCGUGGUGGAAAUCGUGGUGGACGUGGCAAUUGGAGGGAUAACAACGACGGUGGAGACAACAAUGACAGAGGAGGUGGUCGUUUCGGUCGUUGGAAUGAUCAAAGAAAUCAGAACCAGAACCAGAAUCGCUGGGGUGGUGAACAGGGCGGUGGUCAGCACGAUCAACAGCCGCAACAGCAAGAUUGGAAUCAACCACAGCAGCAAUCGGGUGGUUUUGGUGGAGGUCCCCGUGGUGGAGGUGGUAACAACAAAAUCGUUACAUGGGAUCAAAUGGACGAUGUCUGGGAUGAUGAUCUUCCGGCAGCUCCGGUAGCACCAGUUCGCAAAAUUGAGCCACCAAAAGAAGAGAUACGACCAGAGCCAGAACCCGAACGCCAACAUAAACCAGAAGUGGAGCAAAAGCAAAAUCGGCAAGAACAAGAGUUCCAACCAGAUAAUCAGGAUCGUCAAACAGAACACCAACCACAACAGCAACAGCCACAAAAUAUUCAAGAACCACAAGAGCAGCAACAAAAUAUUCAAGAACAACAACAGCAGCACCAAGAGGACGAAAUCCGGGAAAAGUACAUUGAUAUGGGCAGCAUGAAUCAAUCGGAACCUCAGGAAAGACACGACGAACAACAACAGCAGCAGCAGCAGCAGGAACACAGUGUUAGGAAACGAGGAGGCACUCCUCUUUUCGACGAAAUGCAAUCAACGGCUGAGCAGCAGCGGGAGCGUGAAAUGGCAAGAAAUCCAAGUCCACCACCCAGAGAGCCCGAGCCGUUUGCUAGAAAUCCAUCACCGAUGCCACUGCUGGGUAGACCUCAGCUAUACACACCGUCUCCACCACCGGCAGCAGCCGUGGUAGUAGCUGAACCGGCUGCUGUUUUUGAGGCGCCAGAACCUGUGAAGGAAGCUAUCGUUUCGGAUCAUUCGGAAUCUGCUGUAAAUCCAGCGCUAGAGCCACAAGGUGCUCCUGCUGAGUGCACUACUGAAUCACAGGAAUCUGUUCCGGCCGCGGAGGAUGCUUGAUCAAAUCGAUACGAUAACGGGUAUUUAGUAUGAACAAUGAAAAUGCUCGUUGAAGAGAUGGUUAAAAAUUUUCCAAAAGCUACGCAUCCAAUGAAAUGUUUUACGACCGUACAGCAAUUUUUUUUAUUUAACUAAUCAGCAGUAAGUGCGCGGACUCAAAUAUUUUGGUUUUUGUCAAUCCGAGUUAGAAGUAGAUUUUGUUUUCAGAAAAUGUGAAAUAGAACACGUUAAAAUAAUUUGUAAAAUUUUUCAUGGAAGGAAAAUUAUUAGUUUUAAUUAGUAAAAGAGUGUUCAAAAUGCAACACUUCAAUUUCCCAUUAUACAACAUCAUAAAAGUAUAAAAAUAAUGAAUAAACUUUUUGAAAUCAUACAAGGAAAUAAGGCUGUGAUAUUUUGUACGAGGGACGUGGUUUAGUAGUUGCAUUUCAUCGUUUUGAGCAGUGUGUAAAAAAAGUAUCAAAGAAUCCUGAAGAAGCUGAUGUUUCUAGAUAAGUUUAUGCGGAAAAAUAAAUCACCCCGAGAUUAUUACAUAAAAUUAGAUUGUUUGGUAAUAAGUGAAACGCAGAAAGAACCGGAUUAAUUUUAAGCACACAUGUGGAACUUUUCUAGCAUAAAAGGUAGGUGUUAGUUAUUCGCCGCGGGAAUUCAUCGUGGGAUGCCGCGGAAUCAACACCACCUGUCGACCAUGAGCAUGCGGAAAAGAAAACACGCGCUUGCACUCGAGUUGAGUGACUUGUGCAAGGUAUUGUGAAACUAAGCUUGUUAUAUUUCGUUUCAUUAGAGGAUGAUUUUUGUUUGUUAUAAUAGAUUGUAUUCACCUAGCAAUGGCGGCAAUGAGAAAUGAUUAUGUAUUUAGGGUAGCAAGACCAAAAGACAUUAUAUAUUUUCUGGAUUCAAGUAGUUUGCAGCGAUGACAUUGUCACGGAAUCGGAACAACUGCAAAUCGUACUAUACGAGAGAUUUAGAUGAAAAUGCGCUACCGAAACGAACAGCACCAGUCUACAAAAUAUCACAGUGAUUUACUAUUUCGCGUUACAUUUGAUCACAUCAAAAAUAUCUUUACUCGUAAAGAACAAGCAUGCAUAUAACCUCUUACAAAAGCUAAUAUAUGGUAUAAGUAUCACCAAUCAAUAAAUAUUACACAUAAUUGUGUUGCUCUAGCGAGUGGUUGCGAAACAACAAA